GUUUGUAACAAAAACAAAAUAACAUAAUAUAAUAUUACGUUUACGUGUAGCUGUAGCAUAACCAAACAAAUUAUAUCUUGAAUAUAUUGUUUAAAUUGGUGCUCGUGUUAUACUGGAUUCAAUAUGAGUAGUUCCCUCGAAGUAGAGCCUGAAGAUGAAUUUAUGCUAGCACAAACUUCUGAAGGUCAGCCUAUCCCAGAGUUUAGGUUGCCCGAAGACAUAAUUCCACUUCACUACGAUUUGGAUAUAGUAACCUUCCUAGGACACCCUACUGAUUCACUCUUCCUUUUCAAGGGAAAUGCUGUGAUUAAGAUAAAGUGCCUUAAACCAAAAAAUACCAUCAAAAUCCACGCUCAAGAUCUUGAAAUAGACAACGGCAAAACAUCUAUCAGAACAGAGUCAAGAGUCGAUUCAACGCAAGUGGUUGUAACUAGCUCAACCUUGGACACGGUGAAUGACUUUUAUAUUAUCACAACUGAAAGCCCCUUGGAAGUGGAAAAGGAGUACUAUAUUGACCUUAGUUUUGAGGCUACAUUGAAAGACGAUCUUGUAGGUUAUUACCGUUCAAGCUAUGUCGACAGAUCUUCUGGCUCGGUGAAGUAUCUUGCGGUCACCCAUUUUGAGCCCAGUGAUGCCAGGAGAGCAUUUCCUUGUUUUGACGAACCUUUACUGAAAGCAACCUUCCACAUUAGAUUGGGGCAUCAUCAGGACCUCAAGGCACUUAGUAACAUGCCGCUGAAAUCAACAAAUCCUUUAGAAAACUUCAGAGAUGAAAAAAUCACAAAUUUUGUUUGGAGCGAGUUUGAGACUACUCCACUCAUGUCCACUUACCUCGUUGCAUUCAUGGUUAGUGAAUUUGAAGUAAACGAAGUUGUUCAAAAUCCAAAGGACACCACGUUCAGAGUCUGGGCCCGGAAAGAUGCGAUUGAUCAAAGUGCUUUUCCAGCUUUGGUCGGUCCAAAAUUUCUUAAGUUUUAUGAAAUAUUUUUUGGGAAGGAGUAUUCUCUUCCAAAGCAAGAUCUUUUGGCAAUACCAGACUUCAAGAUAGGAGCAAUGGAGAACUGGGGAAUGAUAACCUUCAGGGAGUCUUCCCUAUUGCUGGAUGAAAAGACUGCAUCAAGUAUUAUGAGGCUGUACAUAGCCUCGAUCAUUGCCCAUGAGAUAGCCCACAUGUGGUUCGGCAAUCUGGUGACAAUGCGAUGGUGGACGGACCUCUGGCUCAAGGAAGGGUUCGCCACCUACAUGGCAGGGUUGGCCGUUGACUAUAUAUUCCCUGAGUGGAAUUCAUUGGACGCCGAGGCGCUUUCAGAUUUGCUCAGAGUCUUUCACCUAGACUCUUUGAAAACUUCUCAUCCAGUGUCGGUAGUGAUAAAUCAUCCGAAAGAAAUCAGUAAUAUUUUUGACGCAAUAUCAUAUGACAAAGGAUCAUUUCUUCUGCGCAUGAUAAGUCUCUUCUUAGGAGAGGAAGUUUUCCGGGCUGGAAUAAGCGCAUAUCUGCUGAAAUAUCAGUUUUCAAAUGCCGAAAAAGAUGAUUUGUGGGAGUCACUAACAGAACAAGCUCACAGAUUCUCAGUUUUGCCCAAAGACCUGACAGUGAAGAAAAUCAUGGAUACGUGGACAUUACAAACUGGCUAUCCUGUCAUAACUGUACAACGACAGUAUGAACAACAGAACGUCACCAUCACUCAGACUCAAUACUACGCAAACAAGUCUGAUAUCGACUUCGACCAAAAGGCAAAGUGGUGGGUUCCUUUGAGUUUCUCCACAGAAAAGGAGCACAAUUUCAAGGACAAUCGACCAGCAGAAUGGUUUCCCAGAGGUCACAAGCAAUUUUCAUUUCACUUAAAAGCUGAAAAAAAUGAAUGGGUCAUCUUCAACAACAGAGCAGCAGGACUGUAUAAAACAAAUUACGACCAACACAACUGGGACCUCCUCAUUGCUGCUCUUAACUCACCCAAGUUCGACGAUAUCGAUGUGAUGAACCGAGCCUUACUGAUCAUUGAUGUCAUGGACUUUGCCAAUUGUGGGAUUCUCGACUUUAAGAUCGCUUUCUCACUCAUCACCUACACCGAGAGAGAAACGGCUUUCAUCCCUUGGAACGCAGCUUUGACGAAACUGGAGCUAAUCAAAUCAAAACUAAUUCGCACACCCAUUUAUGGUGAUUUCAAGAACUUCAUGCGGCGUCUUUUGAAGUCAGUGGUAUCAAAUCUAAACCCGAUGGAAGAAACAACUGACUUUGAGAAAGGUCGUUUAAUAAGCCUUAUUACUGGAUGGGCGUGUCCUCUCAAUGUCGGCAAAUGUGGUGAUCUGGCUAUGGAACUCUUCAACAGCUGGUUCAAGGGACAAGACUCAGAUCAUAACCCGAUUCCUAAGGACAUCAGACAAGUUGUGUACAGUCACGCAGUUCAGUCAGGAGGCGAGGAAGUUUGGAACUUCUUGUGGGAGAAAUACAAGAAUGCGAAUGUCGUUGCUGAGAAGAAUAAUAUAUUGAAAGCUCUUACCAACACCAAGGAAGUAUGGCUGCUUGAGAGGUUUUUGGAGUGGACCUUGGAUGGCGAAUCGGGGGUCAGAAAACAAGAUGCUUUUAUAAUCUUCAGGUUAAUCGCUGCCAAAGAUGUGGGAUUCUACGUUGCCCAAAAGUUCUUCUUUAGGAACAUCGAGCGAGUGUCACAGUAUUUUGGAGCCACAUCAGAACUCAUUAAGCAUUAUUUCACAGCUGUUGCUGAUCAAAUAACAGACCCAGAAGGAUACACAGAGCUCAAGGAGUUUGCUGAGAAGAACCAGACAUUGUUGGCUCCAGCCAGCAUCGCUGUGGAACAAGCGUUAGAGACAGUUCAGUUAAACAUCCUCUGGAUGAAACAACACUUCUCCGACUUGUCCACCAUCUUGAAAGAUUUGUCUCAUCAUCCUUAAAAGGUUUAAAAACUGAGUACCUUAUGGUAUAUACCAUAAUGGUAUACUUAAUGGUAUACCUAGACUGAUAUACAUUAUUUUUAUCUUUAUUUAUUAUCAUUAUCAAUUGAGAUGGGGACGCCACCUAGGUGUGUAUUUUAACCCAAAUAUGAGUAAAAGAUGAGUGUAGAAUAAAAUAAGAUGAUCUGUGUAACUUUGUUACUGACUAAGAUCAGCUGUUUUAUCAGCCAGGAUCACUUAUUUUUGCCCAAUGAUCAGGGACAGCUGGGUCCUGUUUCAAACCAUCAUAAAGCCACUGGCUUUUAUUUUAUUUUAUUUGACAAUGCUACAAAACAGCACAUGCCAAUUACAUUGUAACAUUAAGCAUGCAAAAAGAAUGUUUACAGGAGUCAUACAAUAUAGAAAAAAAAAAAAUAUAACAAGGGAAACAUGUCCGUCUUCUAUUGUGACAGUCUUGUAACAGUUUCACUUGGAAAUAUAAAUAUAAUAGUUGGCUUUUCUCAGGAUCGAUCCAGUAACCUUUUGAUUGUAACACAAGCACUAUAACCACUCAGCUACCCAGCCCUAUAACCGUAUAGAUGCGGUUUAGAGCCCCCGACUAACCAAGUUUGGGUUGACUGAGCCACUGUCACAUGUACACAGUAUCAACACGUUAGGGAUGGAGGAGAUAGAUUUUUAGUUCGAGACGAGACGGGAUAUUUGAUUUCUCAUAAAAUUUCAAGACAAGAUCGAGACGGAUUUUCCUUCUCACACAUAUCGGGAAAUGCACGUUGGCCAUUUUUACCUGAUUUUGUAACAUUGUUAAAUAUCUACUGAUUUAUGACAGAUGACUGGUAAAAUACAAAAUGAUAAUACAGUAGACUCCCUCUUAUCCAGACUCCUCGGGACCAAGGCCAGUCCAAUAAUGGGUUUUCCGGUUAAACGGAUGUCCCCAAAAACUCAUUAAAACGGACCAUUUAAUGCAUGCUUAACCCAAAUAUUUGACUUAAAUUUAGGAGAGCAUUGUGUUUAUACACGUAAUAAACAAAUCUUUCCCACGAGAACAGUCGUUUCAGUACCUGCUGACCAAGUCCGGUUAAAUUGAUGUGCUGAUAAAAAUUGUCCGGUUAAAGAGAUGACAUUUACCCCGAGUGUAGUCCGGUUAAACCAAUGUCCGGUUAAAGGUGUCCGGAUAAGAGGGAGUCUACGGUAAUAUGCAAGAAUAUUUGAAAUCUUUCAAUAAAAAACAUCAGUAUAAUAAAACAAAUAUUAUUUAGGACUACCUAAUAACUAUUACGCAUAGGUAACAUGGUGAUAUCAGUUAGGAUAUACAGGGUGAUUGAAAAGUCUGGGUACGGCUUAAUUUUUUAAAAUAUAAUGCAGAUUGAGCUACAAUACUUGGUACAAAGUUACAGGGCAUAAAACUCUAUUUUAACACGUAUUCAGUGAUCCAAUAACUCUUCAGGGGGACGGCCCACAAGGAGUCGGAAGAAAAUCUUAAAUGGAAGCAUAGGUCAAUAUGCACAUCAAAUAAAAGGUCUUUUUUAGUAGAAUACAAUGCCGCAAACCGCACUUCAAAAGGUUGAUCCUGCUCAAAAUGACAGUUGUUCAAAAAGAACAUAAUAAUAAUACAAAGCAAAGGAAACACAACAACAACACGCUCCUGUAUUGCAGGUAUUGCAUUGAAUUUCUGCAGGCGUUUUUAACAGUGUUUUUUUUGUUUUUGAAAUCUCGUCUUGAACAAAUUUUGGUCAAAAUCAAAUCUCGUCACGUAGAACAAGAUUUUAAAUUUCUCUAAAAUUUCCCGAACUUUCGAGACCAGUCCAUCCCUACAACACAUACUUUCUCCCCUUUUUUAGCCUGUCAACAACCCUUAUAACGGGUAAGCGGUGGAAGUAACUAUGAUAUUUUAUGGGAAAAAUAAAAUAUACAAUAAAUUUUUAACUGUUAAUCUUUACAGUAAUGGAGUUUGCACUGUUUUUAGUGGCCAUUGCAAACUGAAAUUUUUAUCAAAAUUGUUUGAGGCGUUAUAGAGAAAAUCUGAAUUUUCUGUUGUUUAAUGGGAAAAUCACCAAUAAAAAUCAAAAUUUAAAAAUGGAAUAAUGCCUGGAAAACCAUCGAUUAUCACCAUCAUCAAAAUCCGACCACAGGUGUGGUCUGUAGCUACUCAUCUACACACACAAGCAUUGAAAACAACUUUUUUGUGUUCAGGAGGACAUAUACUUCUUACCAAAACUCCAACUUGAAAAUGUUGACAGAAAAAACACUUUCUCCAUAUACUAUGUACAGGGGGAGAAAGUAAAAGGUUAAUUUUGCUUAGCAAACAAAAGUCACAUUGGUUUUUAAUCACCAAUACUAAUCUGGAGUUUGCUAUAAAUUUGAAAUGUCACCCAAAGAAAAGAUUAAAGAUUUGAAACUGGAAAGUGAAAUAAGAUUUACAAACUAUGUGUAAGCAAAGAACUUAAAAAAAGUUUGAUACUGUAACCAGUUUAAAAUAAUCUAUUGUAGCACUAACAGUAUGUAAUAGAUACAUUUUUUACAUCAGUGGGUACCUGGGUAUUAUUAUUUUUAUUACUAUACUAUACUAUUGUUAUUACAUAUUAUUAUUUUACUAUCCUAUUUUCGAUAUUUUCAGAGUUUGUGAUUAUCUAAGGUACACUCAGUUCACACUACUGUAUUUUGUAUCCAGUUGAUUUAUAAUGGAAGACUGAAGACAUAUUUUGUAUUGAGUGUUGAAUACUCUACAAUGAAAGUAAUUUUUUGUUUUGUAAACUUGAUUUUCUGUAUGGAUGUUUAUUUAAGUUAAAAUGGUUUAUAUCUGAGAGACAAUUGACAAGUGCCUUUAUUCUGAAAUAAACCUAAU